AUGUCCUUCGGAACCAUCUACACCUACCCCAACAACCCCCGGGUCAUGAAGACCCAAGCGGCUGCCAACUUCAACAACCUCACCCUGACCGUUGCGGACUUCAAAAUGGGCGAAACCAACCGCGACCCUGUCUUCCUCAGCAAAUUCCCCUUGGGCAAGGUCCCCGCCUUCGAAGGCGCCGACGGCACUUGCCUCGUCGAAUCCGACGCCAUCACACAAUAUGUGGCCGAGAGCGGUCCCGCGGCAGGUCAAUUGGUCGGCAGCACUCCCGCUGAACGUGCUCUGAUCCGUCAAUGGAUCUGCUUUGCGGACGGGGAGGUGCUGGGCGCGGUGACUUCGAUGGUGCUGUGGCGGAUCGGGUACAAGGCGUACGAUGAGGCGACAGAGAAGAGUGGACUGGAGAAAUUGACUCGCGCGCUGGGGGCCUUGGAGAACAGGCUUAAGGAGAGGACGUGGGUGGCAACAGAGAAGUUGAGCUUGGCGGAUAUUAGUGUUGCCGCGGCGCUGUAUUGGGGGUUCUCGAUGGCCAUUGAUGCGGAGAUGAGGAAGGAGUAUCCUGGUGUGGUGGCUUGGUAUGAGCGCGUUAUUGAGAGUGAGCAUGUCAAGGAGGCAUUUGGUCCUAAGGUCUUCGUGGAGAAGAGGAAGGAGCCUGAGAACUAA